CGCGGAGAACCUCUCUGCUUCCAGCCCUUUUAGCCUGUGAGGCAAGGGCAGGUGAGUGGCUGCCACAGCUCAGGGGAGGCCCUAGGAGCACUGGCCCUGAUUUUGCUCUUGCUGAGACCAGGCGUGUGCUGAUGGGCAGGCUGUGACCUCUGAGAUCUCCUGGAAGCCACUGUGCCAGGAGUAAGAUGCUGCGGAAGCGAGCCCGAGAAGAAGACAAUGCGGUGCUGAUUGACAUGGCCUCCCUCGAACCAGGGAAUGGGUCCUCUUAUGGAAGCACAGCCCAUGCUGCGGAGGCAGGUAAACAGCAGGUGGCACCCAGCAGAGUUGGGAGCCCGGCCCAACCCCCGAUUGAUUUUGUUCUGGUUUGGGAAGAAGACCUGAGGAAUCAAGAGAGUCCUUCCCAGGACAAGACAGACACACAUGAGAUCUGGAGGGAUACCUUUCUGGAAAAUCUUCGUCUGGCUGGCCUGAAUGUAGACCAGCAUGAUGUCCAGGACAAGGCCACUGCAGUUCACUAUGUCCUCCUCAGAGCGCCCUGGGCUGUGCUCUGUUACUAUGCGGAAGACCUGCGUCUGAAGCUGCCUCUGCAGGAAUUUCCCAACCAGGCUUCCAACUGGUCGGCCACGCUCCUGGAGUGGCUGGGCAUCCCCAACAUCCUGCUGGAGCAGGUGCCGGACAUGCCUCCUGAGUACUACUCCUGCCAGUUCAAAGCAAGCAAGCUGCGAUGGUUCCUUGGAAGUGACAACCAGGACACCUUCUUCACCAGUACCAAGAGGCACCAGAUUCUGUUUGAGAUCCUGGCCAAGACUCAAUAUGGCCACGAGAAGAAAUGCUUCUUUGGGAUCGAUCAGCUGCUGGCAGAAGGUGCCUUCAGCGCUGCCUUCCCCCUGCAUGAUGGCCCGAUCUCUGCAGUACCAGAGAACUCCACCCAGCGCCAAGUCUUACUCCAGCACUGGGCUCGCUGGAGCAAGUGGUGCAAGUACCAGCCUCUGGACCACGUGCGGAGGUACUUCGGGGAGAAGGUGGCUCUCUACUUCGCCUGGCUUGGAUUUUAUACGGGUUGGCUCCUGCCUGCAGCUGUGGUAGGCACAGUGGUGUUCCUGGUGGGAUGUUUCCUGGUGUUCUCAGACGUACCAACGCAGGAGCUGUGCCACAAUUCCGAUGGCUUUGACAUGUGCCCGCUCUGCCCCGACUGUUCUUUUUGGCUGCUCUCCAGUGCCUGUGCUCUGGCCCAGGCUGGGCGGCUCUUUGACCACGGUGGCACUGUUUUCUUCAGUCUGUUCAUGGCGCUGUGGGCGGUGCUGUUUCUGGAGUACUGGAAGCGGAAAAAUGCCACGCUGGCCUACCGCUGGGACUGCUCGGACUACGAGGACAUUGAGGAGAGGCCUCGGCCCCAGUUCGCUGCAAGAGCUCCGAUGACAGCCCUGAACCCCAUCACUGGGGAAGAUGAGCCCUACUUUCCUGAGAAGCGCCGUGUACACCGCAUGCUGGCUGGCUCUGUGGUUCUCCUGAUGAUGGUGGCCGUGGUGAUUAUGUGCCUUGUGUCUAUCAUCCUGUACCGGGCCAUCAUGGCUGUCGUCGUGUCCAAGUCAGAAAAUGCCUUCCUUUCCGCCUGGGCUCCACGAAUCGCCAGCCUCACAGGGUCGGUGGUGAACCUUGUCUUCAUCGUCAUCCUCUCCAAGGUCUAUGUGGUCCUGGCCCAGGUCCUAACAAGAUGGGAGAUGCACCGGACGCAGACCGCAUUCGAGGACGCCUUCACCCUCAAGGUGUUCAUCUUCCAGUUUGUCAACUUCUACGCCUCGCCGGUGUACAUCGCCUUCUUCAAGGGCAGGUUUGUGGGAUACCCAGGCAAUUACCACACCUUGUUUGGAGUCCGAAAUGAAGAGUGUGCUGCUGGAGGGUGCCUCAUUGAGUUGGCACAGGAGCUCCUGGUCAUCAUGGUGGGCAAGCAGGUCAUCAACAAUGUGCAGGAGGUCCUUGUCCCAAAGCUGAGGGGCUGCUGGCAGAAGUGGUACUCCAGGAAAAGGAAGGCUGGCACGGGGACCCACCCAGCACCUUGGGAGGCUGACUACCAGCUGCUGCCUUGUGAGGGGCUGUUCCACGAGUACCUGGAAAUGGUGCUGCAGUUCGGAUUCGUCACCAUCUUUGUGGCCGCCUGCCCGCUGGCGCCGCUUUUUGCCCUGCUCAACAACUGGGUGGAGAUCCGCCUGGACGCGCGCAAGUUCGUGUGCGAGUACCGGCGCCCCGUGGCCGAACGCGCCCAGGACAUUGGCAUCUGGUUCCACAUCCUAGCCGGCCUCACACACCUCGCCGUCAUCAGCAACGCCUUUCUGCUGGCCUUCUCCUCGGACUUCCUGCCGCGUGCUUACUACCGCUGGACGCGCGCCCCCGACCUGCGCGGAUUCCUCAACUUUACGCUGGCGCGCGCACCGUCCGCCUUCGCAGCUGCACACAACCGCACUUGCAGGUACCGGGCUUUCAGGGACGAUGAUGGACACUAUUCCCAGACGUACUGGACUCUCCUGGCCAUCCGCCUGGCCUUUGUCAUCGUGUUUGAGCACGUGGUGUUCUCCAUUGGCCGACUUCUGGAUCUCCUGGUUCCUGACAUCCCAGAGUCUGUGGAGAUCAAGGUGAAGAGGGAAUACUACUUAGCUAAGCAGGCCCUGGCUGAGAAUGAGACAGGCUCUCCUUGGAGCAAGCGGAGUGAAGGAUGACCGGCUUCCAAGCUCAGAGUCUGGGCCUUCCAGCCUAGGGUCUUAGAACUGGUAACCUCUCCUCCAUCUCUGAAGUCACAGUAGGGGUUACUGGAGGCUGACGCACUUGCCUGGAAGCCUGCUGAAGAUGCACUAGGAGCCAGUUCACUGUGCAUGUGCUGCUUGUAUUGGUUAAUGAAUAAAGAAACCGCCUUGGCCUGAUAGGGCAGAAUUUAGGUAGGCAGAGAGGACUGGACUGAAUGCUGGGAGGAAGAAGGGCAGGUAGCCAGUUGUCUCUGUCAUUUGUUGCACGUGCUCCUGGCUCUGACUCAACUUAUCUCCUAUGCUUGGUUUAGAAUAACCAUGGCCCUUGGCUGCCACAGUCUUUGGCUCACACAUACUGCUUGGUUACCACCUCUACUAGAUAUUCCUAAGGGCACCAAAAGGAGACAUCUGUUGGCCUUUAGGAAGCUAUCCCCUACUGCCAUUCCCAAGUCCCAUGAGCCAAUGAUCUCAAGGCAAAAGGGCUACCUGAAGGGGCUUCUGUAGCUCUCAUAUUUAUAGUGCUGGCCAUUGUACUCAGAGCACCUGUCCUUCCCUCAGCCAUGACUUUCUCUUGUCCCCAAUAGGGAGGAUCCCUGUUUCCUGUCCCUAAACCAAAGACUAAGGGUCCUCUGUAUGCAGUCCUGAAUCUUAGUGACCAGGAGGUGGCUUUACUGUUGACAUAACCUUCCCUCCCCCACCCCCAUCCAUGGGCAUAACUUCUGUCAUUGUCAACUGAGCAGGUUAGACUCUGGGGUCCCUGCCAUUCCUUGUGAUAGUGUAGGGUCAGGUCACCCCUCCAGACCCACCCUCUGCCUUUUCCUCACAUGGCCAGUACACAUCUGCACAUCUGGCUCUCAGACCUGAAACAUCCCAGGCCACAGCUUGCACCUGCUCUUCCUUUCAUACCCGAUUACCUAAGGCCUCUGGGUUCUCUCUUGUCUUGGCCUCUUUAUCCUGACAGAUCAAGGACUCUGCAGUAUCUAUCCCCUUUGUCUCCUGUGCUUUCCAGUGCUGGGUCAGGGAUUCAGUACACAGCAAGCACAGAACGGGGAAGGCUGUGGAAUGAAGCCUUACCCCUUAUAGUGGAAGCAGGAAGGACAAAACACAGAAAACAGAUUUCUGUGAUACCUAGUGGGUCUUUCCUAUUUUCUCUCCUUUUUGUUACUUUUCAGACUGGGUACAAUUUGGGCUGUUUCCUCCUGUUAGCUGGGUUAACUGAUGGUUAAUUGCCAGUUAUUUCCUAACUUAGCUGCCCACUCAUGAUGGGACCCGGGCCUUUCAGUCACACCUGUGCAUAUUUCUGUAGGGUUCUCGGCUGCGACAAGAGGGAUGUACAGUCUUGGAAUGGACUGUGAAACACACACACUUGCUUCAAAACUUCCCCCAACCACUCACUCACCCACCCAUUGUUAACUUUGGCAACUUCUGGCCUCAGACAUGGCUCUGUGCUCACUCUGCCAUUUGCCAUGGGUCGCAGCUGCCCACUGAACCUUGCAUGGCUACUGGACAAACUAGCCAGUUCAAUGAAUGCAUCUACUAGGUAGCCUUACAACACCAACUACAUUUACUUGCUUCAAGCUGUUUGUUCUGCUGUUGUAAUUUUUAAAAUCUCUUAUUGUGGGUAAAUAUGGGGAUGUAUGCCACAGCUCACAUGUAGGCAUCAGGAAACGACUUUGUGGGGCCAGUUCUUCCACUGCGGGUUCCAGAGAAUGCCAGGCUUGGGCAGUGUAGUGGUUCGAAUGAGAAACGUCCCUGGUUGGCUUUGGCAGCUGAAUACUCCAUCCCCAUUUGGUGAUGCUAUUUGGGGAUGUUUAGGUGUUGCAGCCUUGCUGGAGGAAAUUUUAUGGAAGAGUAGGCUUUGAGAGAAAGUGUGCCGUUCCAGUUGGUGCUCUUCAUGUUUAUGGGUAGAGGUGUGAGCUUUCAUCCUCCUGCUGUUAUGCUGUCUCCAGUAUUGUGGACUUUUAAACCUCCUGGAGGCAUAAGCCAAAGUAAAGUUUCUUCUGAAGGUUGUCUUGUUUCUUCAGUGACAGACCAGUCACUAAGACAUGCACCUGCUCAGCCAUCAUACUGGUGCCAUCUUUAAAAUAUUAAAGUAAACUUGACCAAACAGAAGGAAUUUCACUGAAACCAAUGCAAGGUGGCCCACACUUAUACAUGCCCCUCACCCCAUCCAAACAACUACACCAGGAAUGAGUCAUGGAUUCCCAGUGACUUCCUCUGCACACCAGGGAGAGCCUUAUAUAGGAGGUGUUUAUUGGCUGUUGGGACCUGAAGGUAGACCGGUUGUGGGGUCCUGUUUUUAUUUGGAACCAUUUUACUCAAGAUGCACGUCUUGGGUUGGAGAUGCUGGGUUAUCAGUCUUCUCAGCAAGAGGUGCUAUGCUAGUUCCCUGCUCUUUAAUGGGAUCUUCUCUCUCAAGGGAACUGGAGUAGCCUGUCCUACCCUUGCUGUCUCCACCCCCUUCCUUCUCAGCCGCUACAGCCUCCUGGCAGGACCCUGCCUCCAGGUCAACCUCAGCCUGGUGUUAGGAAAGCCUGUCAGGAAAUGGCAACAGAAAACCUGGGGAUGUUGCGGGUUUUGCAAAGAUCAAGCUGCUCUCCAAGCAGUGCUCAGGGGAAGCCACUGACUGGGAUGGGUUAAAGUGCAGGAACAG